AUGGAUUCGCCUGUCGAUGAUUUUGUUGUUCAUCACCAUGCCAUCGCACGGGCAGCAGUUCCAGGUCAGCCAUCAUCAGCUGAAACAGGGAUGGGAGCUGCAUCGAUAGGGAACAUUCUUCGAGGAACACGAGGACAUCUUUCAUCUUGGAUUGGUAGUGUUUCUCAGUGGUUAGGUUCAUCAGGUGGUCGAGGCGACGAUCCACCAAUCUCACUCGACAGUUGCCCGUCCACUCCACUCGGAUCACUGCGCAGCGUUUCUGGGGCCACAAUGGCUUCGACAUCGGCUGCUGAUGAUCCCUACUAUACGGUGGAAAUUGGUGAUACUCGAUUGGUGGUGCUGAAAAGGUAUCAAAAUCUGCGCAUCAUCGGAAGUGGAGCUCAAGGCAUUGUUUGUGCCGCUCACGAUACGAUACGCAAUGAGCCAGUUGCAAUCAAAAAGCUCUCUCGACCCUUUCAAAAUGUCACCCAUGCAAAACGGGCCUAUCGAGAGUUCAAGCUGAUGAACCUCGUUCAUCACAAAAAUAUAAUCGGACUACUGAAUGCGUUCACUCCUCAACGUUCACUACGGGAAUUUGAUGAUCUCUACAUUGUAAUGGAGCUCAUGGAUGCUAAUUUAUGUCAGGUAAUAAAUAUGGAUUUGGAUCAUGAGCGUCUCUCGUAUCUUCUCUAUCAGAUGCUUUGUGGGAUUCGGCAUCUGCAUGCUGCUGGGAUUAUUCAUCGGGACCUAAAACCAUCCAAUAUCGUCGUCAAGAGUGAUUGCACACUGAAAAUUUUGGACUUCGGCUUGGCGAGAAGUGCCGGUGAUUCCUUUAUGAUGACUCCUUAUGUGGUGACAAGAUAUUAUCGAGCACCCGAGGUUAUUCUUGGAAUGGGAUAUGAGGCUAAUGUCGAUAUUUGGUCAAUUGGAUGUAUAUUUGGAGAACUGGUUAGGGGACGAGUACUAUUCCCAGGCACAGAUCAUAUCGAUCAAUGGACAAAAAUCGUGGAACAACUUGGGACUCCUUCAAGGGGAUUUCUUGAGAGAUUGCAAGCAACAGUACGGAAUUAUGUUGAAAAUCGUCCAUCAUAUCGUCCAAUAUCGUUCGAAGUUCUCUUUCCCGAUGCGAUGUUUCCUCAACCAACAGACAAUGCUCGGUUAACUGCCGCACAAGCUCGUGACUUGUUGAGUCGAAUGUUGGUGAUUGAUCCAAAAGAAAGAAUCUCGGUGAAUGAAGCACUCCAACAUCCAUAUGUGAAUGUGUGGUUUGAUGAGAGUGAGGUUUUCGCUCCGCCGCCCGAACAAUACAAUAACGAGGUGGAUAAAAGGGAACAUUCCGUUGAUGAGUGGAAAACAUUGAUUUACAAUGAGAUUGUGCAAUAUGAGAGGACUCAUGAUGUAUAUGGAGGAAGUACAGGAACGGGAAGAGUU